UUACACGUGAGGAGAGGAGUGUGUACGAAUUAGAGGACACCAUGUUGGAUCACGACGAGGAGAGCGCGUCUGACUCCGAUUCUGACAUCGAUCCUUCUGAACUGACCGAUAAAGAGUUACAAGAAGCCUUUGCUCAGGGAAAGCUGAAGCCUGGAUUAAACGUGGUGCUGGAAGGAAAACCCAAAGCUGCUAAUGACGUGAAUGGACUAAGACAAAGCUUUCAGGAUCUGAAGAAAGAUCUGGAGUGGUUGGAGCGUCUGGACGUAACAACGGCGCCCGAACCAGACAAGACCGUACAGACGGCACAGAACGGGGUGGAGGCAGCUCAGGGUUCUGAUCUCAAUGCCGAGGAUGAUUUCCAGAGGGAAAUGUGCUUUUACCGGCAAGCACAGGCGGCCGUGCUCUUUGCUCUGCCACGUUUUCAUCAGCUGAAAGUGUUCACAAAGCGCCCGGACGAUUACUUUGCAGAGAUGGCAAAGACAGACCAGCACAUGCAGAAGAUUCGACAUAAACUUCAGACCAAGCAGCAGGCAAUGGAGAAAUCGGAGAAAGCCAAACAGCUGCGAGCCCUGCGGAAGUACGGGAAAAAGGUACAAGUUGAAGUGAUGCAGAAGAGACAGAAGGAGAAAUCUAAUAUGAUGAACCAGAUUAAAAAAUACCAGAAAGGCUUCACUGACAAACUGGAUUUUCUGGAAGGCGAUCAACCUCAAAAGAAAACUUCUGGCCCACCAGGAAAGGGUAAAAAAGGACCGAAUGCCAAGAGAAAGUACAAAGACCAGAAAUUUGGCUUUGGCGGGAGGAAGAAAGGCUCAAAGAUGAAUACAAAGGAGAGUUCUAAUGACGUGUCAGGCUUCAAAACGCGUGUCGCCCACGGGAAGGGUCCUCACAGGCCUGGGAAGAAGGGUGGGAAGAACGCCAACAAGCGACCGGGUAAGACGGUGAGACAGAAGAUGAAGAGUAAAGGGAGAUAAGACGUGAAUACCGUUCUAUUUAUCAGCUGGCACAUGGCCACCAUUGUCCUCCGCCAACCGCUGGCU